AUGGGCAGCCAAUCGUCGGGCGAAAUGUUAUAUUGUCACUCGGGUGAAAAUGCCUCGUUCUUCCCAUCCAAUGGUCGUAUAGUUACGGAGUACAGUGUCCUGCCUCUCUGUACGCAGCGCAAGCCACGCAGCUGGGCCGCGUGGGAUGGAACAUGGACCGGACACACCGAUGCCAAGCUGUUGGGACGCGCCGACGAAUGGUCUCGAACGACUGUCAAUGGCAUGCAAAAGGGCCCGGUUCAGAUAGACCGAGAGCUAUCGAGGACCAGACAGCUGCAGCUGACCCAACAUGACGUGAAAGCACCAACCAACGGCACAGGCAAAGUGACCGUCGCACAACAUGCGUCGUAUCAUGGCACUCUAAUUGAUAAGGCUCACUAUCUUCUCUACCGCGUCAUCAAGCAUCUUGUCCUGAUAGAUACGGUCCCCAAGGUACUCCGUACCCCUCUCGCAAAUGUUUGUGGAUAA